UCCAUGACCACGUGGACGGUGGAGAUUAGUUUCUCGAUUUGUAUAAGAACGUUGAACGGACAGAGAUAUUUUCGAAGUGUGAAGACAUGAAAAACCCAAAAUCGUGAAAAUUCAUAUCUCCUCCUCCAUUGAUCAUUCCUCUUCCUCUGAGAUGUGGAGCUUUGCCUGGUUAGUACCGUUGGUACUAUCUCUGCUUAAGGAUAGCAUCAUAAUGGCCAAGUCUGCGGCGAUUCUCCUCCCUAGUCAAACCGGAUUUGAUAUUUCUCGGAGUCCGGUAUGCUCCGCGCCGGAUCCGAACCUCAAUUACAGGCCGGUUAUUGGGAUUCUGAGCCAUCCUGGUGACGGUGCGUCGGGUCGUUUGAGCAAUGCUACAGACGCGUCGUCCAUUGCGGCUUCGUAUGUGAAAUUAGCUGAGUCUGGUGGAGCACGUGUGAUCCCACUCAUCUAUAACGAUCCUGAAGAAAUUCUCUUUCAGAAGCUAGAAUUGGUCAACGGUGUGAUACUCACUGGUGGUUGGGCUAAAGAAGGAUUGUAUUUUGAAAUCGUCAAGAAAAUCUUCAAUAAAGUUUUGGAAAGAAAUGAUGCUGGAGAGCAUUUUCCUAUAUACGCUAUUUGCCUCGGAUUUGAGCUCUUGACAAUGAUCAUAAGUCAGAACAGAGACAUUUUUGAAAAAAUGGAUGCAAGAAAUUCUGCAUCAAGUCUUCAGUUCCUUGAAAAUGUUAAUAUCCAAGGAACCAUUUUCCAAAGAUUUCCUCCAGAACUGUUGAAAAAACUCGGUACAGAUUGUUUAGUUAUGCAGAACCAUCGGUUUGGUAUCUCACCAGAAAGCUUUGAAGGCAAUGUUGCUCUGUCCAGUUUCUUUAAAAUCGUCACAACAAGCGUUGAUAACAACAGCAAGGUUUAUGUUUCAACAGUUCAAUCAAAAAAAUAUCCAGUGACCGGCUUCCAGUGGCAUCCCGAGAAAAAUGCAUUCGAGUGGGGAUCAUCCAAAAUUCCACACUCUGAGGACGCGAUCCAGGUGACUCAGCACGCAGCAAAUCAUCUAGUCAGUGAAGCUAGGAAGUCACUGAACAGGCCGGACUCUAAGAAAGUGCUGAGUUAUCUCAUUUAUAACUACAAGCCUACCUACUGUGGAUACGCAGGGAAUGGUUACGACGAGGUUUACAUCUUCACACAACAACGAUCCCUUCUCUAAUAACUUCAACCUCUCGUGUGUAUAGUGAAUAUGCAUCUUCAACUCUGUUAUUAUCUGUGAACUUGUUGUAACUUUGAACGUCAGCCUAUGGCUUGUGUUCGACAUUAAAUUAGAAAAUGUAUGCCUUUCUAUCUUUAGUCUAUUCAUAGAAAAAUAAAAAUAAAAACU